AUGCAUCCACAAUACUCCCCACAGUAUCAGAACAGGACUGACUUUACACUGCCUACAUUAGAAAACUUGGUACCUAUGUUCCAGACCUAUGCAGACGGCCCGAGAUUCCAUGCUAACUGGUCAUGGGCGAAAACUAGUGGAGGGGAUAAAGUACCGCGACAACUGAAAAUUGUAGAUAAGUUAGGACAAGGGUAUUUCUCCAGAGUUGUGAUUAUUGAACGAGAUGAUCUCCGAGAAGACAAGCCAGUGAAGUUUGCUGCCAAAGUAAUCGGGAAAAAGGAGGAUCCUAUGGGAUAUAAGUGGCCACAAGUGGUAGCAAAAGACGCAGAGGAGUUUACAAUUAAUGAGGCAAGGCUAUUAAUAAAACUGAGGCACAAGAAUGUGUAUCUGGAGAUAAUGUGCUAUGGUGCAUUCGAGAAUGAUGAUUUGUGGGUCAUUGUUCUUGAAUAUGCUCAAGGAAAAGAACUCUACGAUCGAAUCCAUAGUAUUGCUAAUUUGACUGAAAAGGUUCUUGUGCAUUACAUUAGAUAUGACUCCUCGACUCCUUGGUAUAAAGACAGAAUAAUACUGAGCGACUUUGGAUUUGCUAUUUGUACUCCGACUUUGAAAGCAGAGAGACGAUGUGGAAGUCCAAUGUUUGCUGCGCCAGAACUGUUCAAGCUAAAUUAUGGUGAUCAAUACACGGAAAGGAUAGAUAUAUGGUCACUCGGAGUGACAACAUAUGAGAUCCUGACUGCCCACAAUGUUUAUCGCAGAAUCCCUGAAAAAGUGAUUCCUCCUAAGUCUAAGAACAUUGAGCGUGAUGUAGCAAUGUCCAUAACCAAUGAACACAUCAAGAAAUACAUUAUUGAGAGCGAAUAUGUUAUGCUAUCUAAAAAUGAUGUAAAUCCUGGGACUAGAAAGUCGGCAAAAGAGCUUCAGGAAAAGAGUAAAUGGCUGAAGGAUUGUGAUGAUACAUACUGGAACUUUAAUGCAAACAAGGCAUGGAAGAGAGAGUUAAUAGCAGUCAGGGCAUUGAAUGAAACCAUUGGAUCAAAAUAUAAAAAACAUGACAAACAGGAUAAGACAAAGAUACAGAUAGGAAAAUGCAUGACUCCUCACUUAAAAGCAAACCUACAGAAGUUAACAAUAAACAUAAUGGUAGUGAAAGAACUACAAAUGACCAAAAAUCCAGACAAUAGUGUAAUAAACAGAAAUAAAUACUAG